AUGGUCCAACUCGCCCACAUCUUCAAGAAAGACAAGGACAAGGCGAAAGACCAUUCACCUCGCAGCAACAGUCACUCGCGUACGCCCUCCGAAGUCACUGGCAGUGGCAGUCCCGCUGCGUCUCCCCGAACCUCCUUCUCCACCGCGCGCAAGUCGCCCUCCAAAUCUUCCCCCUCCAAGUCCCAAUCUCCCUCCAAAUCUUCACCCAAGUCCCCGACCAAGGCGUCGCCCACCAAGACUCGCUUCGCGCACAGUCGCUCCUCGUCGAAUUCCACUCCCGCCUACAAAUUCGGCCGGUCCUCGCGAGACCAGGACCUCCACCCGCUUAAUCUCCCGCCCGACGAGCUCCGCCGUCGACUUUCGGCCAUGGCGGACCAGCGCAGCUCCAUGGAUAUCGACCAGGACCAGAUGAAGAACGGUGUCAACGGCCAGGAGCGGAGCCCGACUCCCCCGCCACACACCACCACCUCUGCCAACACCGACGAGGCCGAGUCGUUCAAGUUGGCCGGCAACAAAUUCUUCAAGGAUGGCGACUACAAGCGCGCCAUCGAAGAGUACAACAAGGCCAUCGAAAUCAACCCCAUCUCGGCCGCGUUUCUCUCCAACCGUGCCGCCGCCCACAUGGCCGCCCGCAACUACCUGAAUGCCCUCGAAGAUAUCGAGCGGGCAAACGAACUCGACCCCACCAACCCCAAGAUCAUGCACCGCUGGUCCAAGAUCUUGGUCAGUUUGGGCCGGCCCACCGAGGCUCUCGACGUCCUGUCCCGCGUGCAGCCCCCGGCAACCGCGACCGACCGCAGCCCUGCCGAGAAGAUGCUCAAGUUCAUCAAGCAAGCAGAGGAGACCCUCGCCGAGGACCGCGGAGGAUCGAUGGCCAUCUUCUGCCUUGACCAAGCCCGUCAGGGUCUCGGUCACGGCGUGAAGGAGCCGCGCAAGUGGACGCUGCUGACUGCCGAGGCGCAGCUGAAGAUGAAUAACAGCAACUCACUCGGCAAGGCACAGGACAUCGCCAUCGGCCUGUUGCGGGAGAACAGCCAGGACCCAGACGCCAUGCUGCUCCGUGCCCGCGCGUUCUAUGCGUCUGGCGAAACCGACCAGGCGCUCAAGCUGCUGAAGAUGUGUCUCGGGCUGGACCCGGAUAUGAAGCAGGCCAUCAAACUGCUCCGAAUUGUACAGAAGCUCAGCCGCACCAAGGACGAGGGCAACGCUGCCUUCAAGGCGAAGGAUUAUCGCCGCGCCAUCGACCUCUACUCCCAGGCUCUGGAGGUCGACCCUACCAACAAGGACAUGAACUCGAAGAUUCUGCAGAACCGUGCCCAGGCCUACAACAGCCUGAAGGAAUACGACUCGGCCGUACAGGACUGCACUGAGGCCCUCCGUCUGGACCCUGGAUAUGUCAAGGCCAUGAAGGUGCGUGCCAAGGCGCAUGCCGGCAACGAGAACUGGGAGGAGGCCGUGCGUGAUUACAAGAGUGUUGCCGAGAACAACCCCAGCGAGAAGGGGAUUGCCGAGGAGAUCCGUCGUGCCGAGUUCGAGCUUAAGAAGGCCCAGCGCAAGGAUUACUAUAAAAUUCUUGGCAUCGGCAAGGACGCGUCGGAGCAGGAAAUCAAGAAGGCCUACCGCAAGAUGGCCAUCCAGUAUCACCCGGACAAGAACCGGGAUGGUGAAGCCGGUGAUGAGAAGUUCAAGGAAAUCGGCGAGGCUUACGAGACAUUGAUCGAUCCUCAGUACGUCCCCCUUACAAACAUCAAGUAUACCCUGCCCAUUUGA